AUGCCGCCGCCUCCCGGAUUGGACGCUGGCGACGGCGUCACUCUUCCCUCGCGCUCGGCCAUCAUUGGCGGCACGGCGGCUGGCUACCACCUGCUCGACAUCGAGGGGUACUCGCACACCAAGGACCUCCCCACCGGCCAGUGCAUCAGGUCAUGGCUCGAGGAGUCAGGCCAUCUCAAGGAUGACCGCUUCACCAUCAGGUGCGACGUCUUCGUCCCCAAGGAGCUCCGCACGGAGCACAGGCCCGUGGACCUCGUCGCGGUGCCGCCGUAUGACCUCCACCUGCAUCUUGAGCGUCUCCUGGCGGCCAAAACUGGGGCCGAUGUCACGUUCGAGGUCGGUGGCGAGACGCUCCGGGCGCACAGAUGCAUUCUUGCAGCCAGGUCGACAGUGUUUGAGGCAGAGCUCUCCGGCCAGAUGAAGGAGAGCGCGGACGCCACCGUCAUACGCGUGGAUGACAUGGAUGCCGGAGUGUUCAGAGCCUUACUUUGUUUCAUCUACACGGACGGACUACCGGAUUGUCCACCUAUGGAAAAGGCUGCGAUGUCUCAGCAUUUGCUUGUUGCGGCUGACAGGUAUAACCUGGAGAGGCUGAAGCUGAUUUGUGAAGAUAACAUGUGCGCGCACAUCGGUAUGGGCUCUGUGGCGUCCAUCUUGGUGUUGGCUGAGCAGCACCACUGCCAUGGGCUCAAGGAGGCAUGUUUCCAAUUCCUCUCCUCACCAUUGACUCUGAAUGCCGUUAUGGCAACUGAUGACUUUGAGCAUUUAACUAGAAACUGCCCUGCUGUGUUUAAGGAGCUGAUGUCCAAUAUUGCGGCUCGGGUGCCUCUUGGAUACUAA